GUUGAAAGCCAUUCGAGUAGUAGGUAAAGGACCACACAAAACAGGAGCUUGACUUUUAAUCGUGCAACUGCUCGACAGAAGAAAAAAAAAAGUUCACAAAACGUCACUCGCGUUAACGCGGAUUCGUUCAUAAACAAAAAUAUACAACGAUGGCGGCCGGCCCGAUUGCCGAGAGAAAUCAAGAUGCCACCAUAUAUGUGGGAGGGUUGGACGAUAAGGUAUCGGAAACGCUUCUGUGGGAGAUGUUUGUUCAAGCCGGACCGGUAGUUAACGUGCACAUGCCCAAGGAUCGCGUGACACAGAUGCACCAGGGCUACGGUUUCGUUGAAUUCCUGGGAGAGGAAGAUGCUGAUUACGCUAUCAAGAUCAUGAACAUGAUCAAGCUUUACGGUAAGCCAAUUCGUGUUAACAAAGCCUCUGCCCAUCAGAAGAAUUUGGACGUUGGAGCCAACAUUUUCAUCGGAAAUUUGGAUCCUGAAGUAGACGAGAAGCUGCUGUACGAUACUUUCUCUGCUUUUGGAGUUAUUCUUCAGACACCUAAAAUUAUGCGAGAUCCGGAAACUGGUAACUCGAAAGGAUUCGCUUUUAUCAACUUUGCGAGUUUUGAAGCGUCUGAUGCAGCCAUGGAUGCCAUGAAUGGGCAAUACCUUUGCAACAGGCCGAUUUCCGUUUCAUACGCCUUCAAAAAAGAUUCGAAAGGCGAGCGUCACGGUUCUGCUGCGGAACGUUUGCUCGCUGCUCAGAAUCCCUUAUCGCAUGCCGAUCGACCGCAUCAACUGUUUGCUGACGCUCCUGUACCUCCACCUAUUAUCCCGAUCAUGCCGACCCAUCCAAUGAUGCCGCCUCCGCUUAUGGCUCCACCUCCUCCUCCAACACCAUCAGCUGUUCCGCCACCACCGCAAGCCCCGUCACCAUUCACACCAGGAAACAUCCCGCCACCACCACUUCCUCCGCCGAUCGGACAACCGCCACUGCCACCGUCAGCUCCCAUGGGCAUUCCUGCUCCGCCUAGAAUGAUUCCGCCACCUCCCUGGCAGCAAGCACAACCGGCUCCACCUCCGCCACAGCCACCCAACAUGCCCCCGGUUGGUAUUCCACUUCCGAGGCCACCACCGCCGGCCUGGAGACCACCCCAACCUCCACUACCCCCGCAGAUGCCCGGCCAGAUGUUUCCCGGACAACCCCGGUUGCCUCCGCCGCCACCUCAAAAUUUUAGCGUCGAUACGUUCUAAUAAUUUGUGUACGGUACGAUAAGGGAAAACCCAGCUUAUGGCGAAUCUAAUAAAGUAUU